UUCAUGCACACACAGUCCAAUCUGGACCAGUCCGAUAUUGCUUCGUCUCUGGACAAUACCUGUGCAAAAGGCUAAUAAAUUACGAGAUGAUCUAGCAUAUUCGUUUAGGUCGUAGUAUUAUUAAUCACAUAUAUAUAGUCUGUUAGAUAGUAUAAGAAUUACAGUACAAGUUUACAGUCUAUUAGGAAUAGUCUAUAGUUUAUUUGCGGUUUAUUGUUAUAUAAAGUAAGCGGAAUUAUCAAUUAAAACGGCUGGCAAUAUCGAAAAGAGAGGAAUAUUAACCCACGCUGUUGUACCGUAAAGACUGCAGUAUAUUUACGGGUAAAAUCGGAGCGUCCAGCCGCAGUAUCCUGCUGAAAACCAGCGGAGCAUUACAGCGCAGAAUCCCACCGUAAGAGCGCAGCGGUUCACCUCACCAGCCUUCACCGGCGUCCCGGCGCCCAGGAGCGGCUUCGGGAGGUACGCGAGUCCCGAUGCUCCCGGCCUUCUCCACCCCAGCGGGCCGCAAUGGGGGAGACGAAAAUUAUCUACCACCUGGACGACCAGGAGACUCCGUACCUGGUCAAAGUGCCAGUGCCGGCCGAAGAAGUCACUCUGGCCCACUUUAAACAAGUCCUCAAUAAACCCAACUAUAAAUUCUUCUUCAAGUCAAUGGACGAUGAUUUCGGGGUUGUGAAGGAAGAGAUAUCAGACGAUAACGCCAAGUUGCCAUGUUUCAACGGCCGUGUAGUGUCAUGGUUGGUCUCAGCCGAUGGCUCUCACGGUUCAGAUGGAGGUUCGGUGUGUGCAGAGACUCAGGCCGAUCUUCCUCCUCCGUUAGAGAGGACAGGGGGCAUUGGGGACUCCAGACCGCCCUCCUUCCAUGCCAAUGCAGCGGGCAGUCAGGACAACCUGGACAAUGACACGGAGGCUGAGGUCGGCACGUCAGCGCGGAGAGACAGAGAGCGAGACAGGGAUAGAGAACGAGAGAGACCACGCAGGAAAGACACCCAUGAUCACGGAGGCAGGUUGAAUGGUCACUCACGGCCCGAACGCAGGCCUGAGAUUGCGGGUUAUGAGACCUCUUCCACCCUCAUGAGCAGUGAACUGGACACCACCAGCUUCUUCGACUCGGAGGAGGACGACUCAACCAGCCGCUUCAGCAGCUCUACAGAGCAAAGCACAUCGUCACGGCUCAUGAGACGACAUCGCCGACGCCGACGGAAAACCAAACCGCCACGGAUGGAGAGGUCAUCCUCCUUCAGCAGCAUCACUGACUCCACCAUGUCUCUGAACAUCAUCACUGUCACAUUAAACAUGGAGAAGUAUAACUUCCUGGGCAUCAGCAUCGUGGGUCAGAGUAACGAGAGAGGUGACGGGGGCAUCUACAUCGGCUCCAUCAUGAAGGGGGGAGCAGUAGCAGCGGACGGACGCAUCGAACCAGGCGAUAUGCUGCUCCAGGUGAACGACAUUAACUUUGAGAACAUGAGCAAUGACGAUGCUGUGAGGGUUUUGAGAGAAAUCGUGCACAAACCUGGCCCUAUCACACUGACUGUGGCUAAGUGUUGGGACCCAAAUCCUCGCAGCUGCUUUACCUUGCCUCGCAGUGAGCCUAUCCGCCCGAUCGAUCCUGCUGCCUGGGUGUCUCACACGGCUGCGAUGACGGGGGCGUACCCGGUGUACGGCUUGAGCCCUUCUAUGAGCACCAUCACCUCCACCAGCUCCUCUAUCACCAGCUCCAUUCCAGAGACUGAACGCUUCGAUGAUUUCCACUUGUCCAUUCACAGCGAUAUGGCAACCGUCGCUAAAGCAAUGGCUUCUCCAGAAUCAGGGCUGGAGGUGCGAGACAGGAUGUGGCUGAAAAUAACCAUCCCAAACGCCUUUAUAGGUUCUGAUGUGGUGGACUGGCUCUAUCAUCACGUGGAAGGUUUCACAGACCGGCGUGAAGCGAGGAAGUACGCAAGCAACUUGCUGAAGGCUGGCUACAUUCGCCACACCGUCAACAAAAUCACCUUCUCCGAGCAGUGCUACUACAUCUUUGGAGACCUCUGUGGCAACAUGGCUAAUCUGUCCUUGCACGAUCAUGAGGGCUCUAGUGCAUCUGACCAGGACACUCUUGCUCCAUUGCCCCACCCUGGAGCUGCUCCAUGGCCUUUUGCUUUCCCCUAUCAGUACCCCGUCCCUCAGCCCUACAGUCCACACCAAGUGCAAGAUCAAGCCUACAGCUACCCAGGAGGAGGAGGAGGAGGAGGAGGAGGAGGAGGCAGCGCUGGCAGCCCACACAGCGAAGGGAGUCGUAGCAGUGGUUCAAACCGCAGUGGUAAUAAGGCUGGUGCAUUGGAGACAAAGUCUGGGGGCAGUGGUAGCGAGACUGAGAAAAGAGAGAAAGCACCUAGCGAGCGCUCAGCAGCUCCCCCUAGUGAGCACAGUAUCCGCAGUGUCCACAGCGCACUCUCACAAGGCCAAAACUCAGCGUACGGACCUCCUGCAGCUGCCGCACCGGGUUCUCCACCAGGCCGAGACCUGGCAUCAGUGCCCCCCGAACUCACAGCAUCCCGCCAGUCCUUCCGCAUGGCCAUGGGUAACCCCAGCGAGUUCUUCGUAGAUGUCAUGUGAUGCACUUCAGGUGACUAAUGAGUGACCUGACACUCAUGCGGAUAGAGAGAUUUCUGGAAAAUGUGCUAGUUACCCUUGUAAGUGAUAAAAGGGUACCUAAGUGUUCCAUUGCAUUGUCCCUCCUGUGUCCUGUGGCUUGUACUUUCUUCAGUGAAGAAGACUGGGCUGGAUGGAGCUCUUAUCCCUGUGUCCUGCUGAGGGAGACUCUGCCGGACAGAGGGAUGAGCUCAGAGUGGCGUGAAUACUUUCUGUGUAGUGUCUUUUUUUUAUGUCUCGCAUUCCUGUCUGCCUUUUUCCUUUUUGCAGUUUCAUAACCUCAUUGAGAGCCAUUUUUAUCAAAGACUACGAAAGAGAGACCGGGGAGAGGGAAGACGGAGGUAGCGCCUCUCCCUGUGGCUUUUUGCUUUUAAAGGAUGAAGUGGAAUCCGUUCAUAACAAUUCACAUCGAAAAAAAGAUGCUAUCAUGAGAAACUAUAGACGGUUGUUUUAUAUUUGACGUUUCUUCUUAUACAUUCUCUAUCAGUAAUCAUAUGAAGAGUGGGAAAGAGAGGGGGUAAAAA